AUGCCUCGAGUUGGGACUGCCAAGUUUCAGAUUGAGAAGGUCCAUGUGGAAGGCUGUCGCUUUUUAGAGGUACGGCUGAACGAAGACGAACUUCGCGCUUUGCAGCAGUACCUAGCGGCUUUAGGCGUUUCUGGAGAAGUAGAACUUGAGCGCUGUCCAAGCGACGAAGAAGAUCAAGGCCACAUGCCCCCGGUUGCAACUUCAAAGCUUCCGAAGGCUCCAAGUAUGAAGCGGCCACUUCUUCAAGAGGAGAUCAGUUCCCACCCCAAGAUCGGCAGACUGGCCAGUCCAUCUCGAUCUGCUGCAACGUCCCCAGCGACGACACCAACACCAACCAGCAGGAGCUCCACACCAGAGAGGGAACCCAAAUCACAAAUCGAGCUGCAGGAGCUGAAGGCCAAGAAGCAGCUACAACAGAUGAUUGAUGAACUCGAGGAGGAGAACCUCACCAAAUUGAUUGAGCUUUCUGACCCUGACAAAGAUGAGGAGACUGGCGAAUACAUCCUGGGCUAUGACCAGUUGAGUCCCGACAAGAGGGACACCUUCCGCAGACAUGUUGAGCAGCUUCUGAGAGAGCAACAGGCUGAGAAAGCACAAGCGGCAAAAAUAAACGGUGCCGAACCUCCGCAGGAGGGGACGGUAGAGGCGCAGGUCCUUUUCGAGAAGGAAUGCUGUCCAAAGAUGCCACCGCAAGUGAUGGACCAGGAUGAGAAGGAGCCUCUGAAGGAGGGGACGGUAGAGGCACAGGUCCUUUUCGAGAAGGAAUGCUGUCCAAAGAUGCCUCCGCAAGUGAUGGACCAGGAUGAGAAAGAAGUGCAAGAGAUGCUCCGGGAAUUCGAGUCCUGGAUUUAG